UUUCUUCAUUUUCCAUAGUCUUAUUUGACUCCAUGCAAACAUCACACUAAGAAUGGCAAAAAUGAGUCUCUCUUCCUACCUAUUAAUCCUAACUUUUUCUCUGUUUUCUCAAGGCAUUUUACUUUCAGCAUCCAAAUCCAUAAGAAAUUUAGAAGAUGACAUGGUAUUUAAUACAUUCAGGCUGGGGAAAGCCUUUCAGAAGGAAGAUACUCCACAAAAAUCAGUUGCUGCUCCUUCUCUGGAACAAUAUAAAAAUGAUGAGAGCAGUUUCAUGAAUGAUGAGGAAAACAAAAAUUCAAAGAACACAGACUCCAAACAUAAUUUCUUAAAUCAUGGUCUGCCACUGAAUCUGGCUAUAAAACCUUAUCUUGCCCUAAAAGGAUCUGUAGCUUUUCCAGCUGAAAAUGGAGUUCAGAAUAUUGAAUCAACACAAGAAAAGAGAGAAAUUGGGGAUGAAGAAAACUCAGCUAAAUUUCCUAUAGGAAGGAGAGAUUUUGACAUGCUCAGAUGCAUGCUGGGAAGAGUUUACCGACCUUGUUGGCAAGUCUGAAACCUGUUGGACAACAUCAUCUUUUCCG